AAGCGCUAGUGUCACUUUGUAUUGAUGCACUAUUUUUUUUGACAAUUACUUUCAAUAUUUUAGUAUCACUUGUACAUAAAUUCGUAAUAAAUACUAUAAUAGAAACAAAAACUUUUUUUUUAUAAAAAUGGACUUACCAAGAGUUCUUAUUGUGAGCACUGAAAGCGGUAAAGCAAGUGCGAUAGCUAAAGAUUUAGAUUCACAGCUAAUGGGUGGUGAUAACGAUAUUAAAUAUUUUUCUUGGAAUAUUGACAAUAAAUAUUAUUUAGCAAAAGUAGUAUUAUGUGCUACAGAGAAAUUACCAUUAGGAAUGCCAGUUGAUGGAGUCGAAGCAGUGAUACUUCAUUAUGAACCAAAGGGAGAAGAACCAUUACAUUUGGAACAAUACGUUUCACUGAUCCAGUCUCUUAGUGAGGCUGAUAUAUUUUUGCUGGCCUGCGAAGCUUUUCCUAAUGUACAUAGUAAAGAUCAAGUUAUUGAAUGGUGCCAUAUUCAUAAGUUUGAGUUAGUUGAAAUGAUAAAUUCUGAUGCAACGUCGGAUUCAAUGGAUAAUGACUUAGAACCUGAAAAAUUCGGUAUUGAAAGACUUAUUGAAGCAUUGCAUACUCAUACUUGGCCUAAUCGAAUAUUGAAAGGUAUUCCUAAUGGUAGAAUUUCAACAUCAACUGAGCCAGAUGUAAAUGAAAUAAAAGAUCAGCUAGAAAAUAUUCAACUAAAUGCUUCACGUAAUGGUACAGAUAAUUUAUUGAUGAACAGUGUACUAGAUGGUAUUAUGGGAGAAGAAAAUACAGAUUUUGGUGAAUUAUUUGGCCAACUAAUGGCUAUGAAAGAGCAUGCAGCUGCGUUAUCUCCAAGUAAUCGUCGAGCAGCGGCAGAACAACUUGUAACAGCAUUUUGGAAGGCAAUGGGUGGAGAUGCUUCCGAAAUUGAAGAUUUAGAUGAUUAAAUUUUCAUUUAAUGAUAUUAUUAAGUCGAUAAAAUAUGAAGUAUUAAUUGUACAAGUA